AUGGAUAGCAAAAUUGACAUAUGGAUAGAGAAGUACCGCCCUAAUUCUCUCGAUCAGAUAAUCGGGAACCCCGAGAUAACGAAAAGACUACAAUUCAUUGCAAAGGAGGGUAAUAUGCCGAAUCUUCUGCUAUGUGGGCCACCAGGAACCGGGAAAACUACAUCAGUGUUGUGUUUGGCGAGGGAGAUGCUGGGCUUGCAAUUUAAAAACGCAGUUAUCGAGCUGAAUGCCAGCGACGACAGAGGUGUUGAAGUAGUAAGGGAGAGUAUAAAAAAUUUCGCUAAAAAGUCCCUGGUUUUACCGCCGAACAAGCAUAAAAUAGUAAUUCUGGACGAGGUCGACUCGAUGACCGAGGCUGCUCAACAGUGGUUAACGAUACAACUUAAGGCUCUGAGGAGGAUAAUGGAGAUAUACUCAAACACGACGAGAUUUGCGUUGGCCUGCAACCAGUCCACGAAGAUAAUUGAGCCGAUUCAGAGCAGAUGUGCAGUAAUUAGAUACUCGAAACUAAAGGACGACCAGAUACUGAAGAGACUUGUUGACAUUUGUGGCAUGGAGAACCUGAAUUACACCAACGAGGGCAUGGAGGCGCUCCUGUUCUCAGCGGACGGCGACUUAAGGAGAGCCGUGAACAACUUACAAAUAGUUUCUGCCGGAUUUAAAGUUGUUACUAAGGAGAAUGUGUUUAAAGUGUGUGACAUUCCAUCGCCGGAUUUGAUACAGAAGAUGCUCGGCGACUGUCUUUGUGGAAACUGGAGAAGCGCCCAUGAAAAGGCAGUGGAGUUGUUAGAUUUGGGACACUCGCCCCUUGACAUUAUAGUCACAAUUAGAAGUGUGCUUAAAACACUGGAUGCCCCUGAACAUGUCGUGCUGGAAUACAUUAAGAGCGUUGCACUUGCGCACAUGGUCAUGGUCAACGGACUCACUUCGCAGCUGCAGCUAGAGAAGUUGUUGGCGAAUUUGUGUAAAAUCGCACUGGCACUCAGAACCGCCUAG